ACGGGUGUUUAACAUUAGGAGCAUGAGGACUGAACUUUAUAGAGGGUUAAGAGCAAUUGAUGUCUUUGGACAUCCAGUUAAGAUGACUAUGAGAGGAAAUCAGAGCCUUCCGAAUAUCCUUGCCAGAAUAGUAAUCUUGAUCUUAUUAGGUUUGUGAAUCUUAUUCACAGUCCUAAUGCUAAUUGAACCGGUUGAAGAUGUAGUGACUAACACUGUUACUAAAUAAAACUUAUGCUUGCAAUACAAGAAGGCAUCUCUCCACUUCUGGAGUUAAUGAUGUUAACGAUGGACAAGAAUUUUUGAUUGAAGACCUUCAGUAUGAAAGAGUCAAUAUUUCAGAAACAGAAGUAAAGAACAAACCAAUGGAAAAUGAUAAUUAUUGGUAUCUAUAUCCUUUUUCAAAUUACUUCAAUGUUGCAUUCAGGGUUAGAGACAAACCCGUGGGUAAUAAUCAAUAUCCAUUCUUUUCUGUACUGUUCACUGAUUUACAAGAAAACAAGAUUCAGCAUUUUGGAACUGUGCCUUGCACAAAUAAUAUGUUUCACCCAGAUCUCCAGGCAGAGGCAGGAGCAAUGAAUAUAUCCAACUAUUUGUGAAUCCACGAGCCUGGGGAUAUCUACCUGAGAGGUAAUAUGUAUCAUGAGCAGCUAGCCAAUUUUUAUAUUUUACUAAGAGAUUGAUUGGGAUCAUCCUGAAUUGACAAUCCAACUUACUACGAUGGAGCCAUUGUUGAUUUGGUAUAUACUCAAGGAUACUACUCGAGAUUUGGAAAUCCUCCUGCAAAAUUUAGAUUUAUACAAGAGCAGAUAUACAUUGAAAAACACCAAAAAAUUGACAAGUCAUUUAAUGUUAGAUGGAAUGUGAUUGGAAGCAUUCAUAAUAUCUCAAGAAAUCAAACUUUUUACAGCUUAACGUCCAAGGAAGAAUAUUACAGAACUUCUGAUAGUGGACAGAGAGUUGAGAUUAGGUUUGAACUCGAUUCUAAAUAUCGGUCAUAUGGAGAAGAGGAGGUUACCAAAAUGUCAAAUUCCUUCAGUAGAAAUUUGGAAACCAUUUUUGAUGAAGAAUCAAAUACAAAAACUAGCAAGAAAAAGAUGAAUGUUAUCUAUGAGAUCUUCUAUAUCAUCUCAAAUAUUGGAGGCUUAAUAAACAUUCUUUUCUUGGGUUUCAGUAUAAUUACAAAAGGAAUUUUUGAUAGAUAUUUUACAUUUCAAGCUUUGAACCUGAGCUUUGAUUCAAUUCAAAAGGCAAAAACUAAAGAACCUAAAAAGCAAAGUGCAAAGCAACCUAUUCAGCAAGAAGGUCCUGUUAUACAAGACCAAGAUGAGAUAGAUCCUACUCCUGAAGGAAGAGAACCUAACUCUGAGGGACAGCUAAAUAAUGGAGGGCUAGGAAUUGGAGGAUUUGCCCAAAUUCUAGCUCAGAUGGAAGGACCCCAGCAAAAUAUUCCAAAAGAGGACGAACAACAGACUCCACUUUCCAGGUCUAGAGAAAAGAAGUCAAGUAAAGUACAUCCAGAAUUAAGCAAAAGCAAUGCAAAGCCAUAUUCUUCAAAAGAAAGAAUCAGAUAUAAAAUCCAGGACUUUUGGUACAGUUUCAGAUGCUGCAAGAAGAAGUCUAAAGAUAGAUUCUUGUGGACUAGAUUCCUGAACUUUCAGCUUUACCAACAGAUUUUGAAGAAGGACAGGGAUAUAGUCAAGAUUCUUUCCAAGCUUGAGAUCUUUGAAAUGAGAAUUGCUAAAGCAGAGACUAAACUUAAUACUUUAAUACAUGAUAUUGUUGUCAAUGAGGAAGAAAAGAGGAUCAGCCCAAUUACAGAGCAGUCAAAGGAGAUUAUUUUAAAGAAGCAAGAGCUAGAAGAGGUUAAGAAGAUGAUCGAACAAGAGAGACUAUCCAUUAUGGGUGCAAGCAAAGUGCAAUCCAACAUUAAUGAGGACGAAGAAUUUUUGGCAGUAAAAAUUCUGUAACCCUGAGCACCCAUAAAAUAAACCCUAGUAAUGAAUAUUAGUGUUGUU